UCAGUAAGUCAUUGGAACAUCAGGUAUAUUCAAGUCCCUCAAGGAGCUAUAUCCAGCAAGUGCAGCGACGACGAGGAGUGUUUGUAUCUGGUGACGAAGGGGCUGAAAGGGGUGAGGAAGAAAUACAGAGUCGAUAAAGAUUCAAAUUAACCACAUCCCCCCCAAGAAUUAGUGUAGGUGUUGCUGAAUGGAGAUAAUCUGGUUAGUGGUGGUGACGUCAAGGUUAGAAAAUAAAAAUAAAAUCCACUAUGUAAUGCCGUGGGUGGUGGAGGUCGUGGGUGAGGUCGUGGGUGAUGGAGCACCUUACUGGGAGGUAAAGCCAGCAGGUGGUGACGUGCAGGACACAAUAUAAGUGAACGGUAAAGAAAGUGUUUUUAUAUCGACAGCUCAUUGAAGGACACGGGAAAAAAUACAAUUGUCUGACGUCAUUGAGAUUAUAGAACAAAACGAGACGAUUAUGUUGUUUUAUACAGUAGUUUAAAGUUUGAAGAGGAAACGCUUGCAUACAGUCUAUCUUAAGGUUAAUUGGCUCUUAUUCGACUCUCUGUCCAAACACCAGAAGAGUAGUAAACACAGAUGUUGACGAGGCCGUGAAGGUUACCACUCCUCGCCAGCAUGUCCUACCCCCGCCCAGCACAAGGCCCACGGAUAGAGCCUCCCCGUCCGCCAUCACAAGCCACUAGGGACGACGACGAGUUGUACGUGGCUCGCUACGACUACCAGGCGACGAAGGCCGGGGACCUGAGCUUCGCCGUGGGGGAUGUCCUCGUGUUGGUCGGCCCCAAGGAGGGGUCUUGGUGGCGGGCCCGUAACACACGCACCAGUCAGGAAGGUGAAGUACCCAACAACUUCAUCCAACAGACAAAAGUAAAAAAGUCAGGAAACUCCCGGAAGAGCCUCAACAUCUUCACCGCACAGUCCAACUACACACCGUCUGCCCCGGGUGCCCUCUCCUUCUGCAAGCACGACAAGAUUGAGGUGCUGGAGGAGAGAAACGCGAGCUGGGUGAAGGGACGUAUCGUGGGCACCUUCCUCGAGGGACUUGUUCCCAGGUCCUUCCUCUCCAGGGAACCGAACAUUGACACGGCUCCGUGGUACUUUGGGCCUACCAGCAGGGAGAAGGCUGAGGCGCUCCUUUAUUCAUGCCAUAACCAGAUCGGCAGCUUCAUCAUCAGGGACUCCACCAAGGCCACUUCAGGAUACACCCUCUCAGUGCUGUCUGAGGCUGAGGUGAAGCACUACUUGAUAAGCCUGAAUGAAUCCGGUCGAGUGUUCAUCUCUAGCUUGUUCACGUUCUCCUCUGUAAUCGAUCUGGUGCAACACUACUCGACCUACGACGACGGCCUGUGUACCACCUUGAGUCAGCCUUGUAUGAGGACCCCAGAGGACGCAGGAAUGGGUGACCAGUGGGAGAUCGACCGACAGUGGGUGGUGCCUACUGGAGAGGUUAUGGGGGAUGGUCAGUUCGGUCAUGUGUUCAAGGCGUUUUGGAAGAAUACCAUCUAUGUCGCCGUCAAACAGAUGAAAGAUGAUUGCCUGAAUGUAAAGGAGUUCUACCGUGAAGCUGAAACCCUACAGCGCCUUCGUCACCCUCGCCUGGUGAAGCUCUUCGGGUUGUGCACCAAGCCGAUCGGUCAGCCUCUUCUUAUCGUCACGGAGCUGCUGGAAGAUUCACUUCAUCAUCACCUCCGUAAACUUUAUGAUGAGGGCAAACCACUUCCAUCCAAAUCCCUGGUCCAUGUGGGGUUGCAGGUGGCCCAGGGAAUGGCCUACUUGGAGGGGGAGAAGGUCAUCCACCGUGAUCUGGCGUCUCGUAAUAUCCUGAUGGCCAGGAACUUGCAGGUGAAGAUUGCUGAUUUCGGUCUGGCCAGGUUCAUUAAGGACAACUUCUACCUACUCAAGUCUGACGUCAAGUUCCCUGUUAAGUGGACUGCUCCAGAAGCUCUCAUCCACAACCAGUACACCAGCAAGAGUGACAUCUGGUCCUAUGGCAUCCUGCUGUACGAGAUCUUCACUCACGGAGGAAACCCCUACCCAGGUGUCAAGGGGCGGGAAGUCCCAGACUACCUCCGGGACGGACAUCUGAACCGCCAACCUCCUAAAUGUCCCGACAUGGUGUAUACAGUCAUGAAGGAUUGUUGGGAGUGGAAUCCUUUCAACCGACCAUCCUUCAAGGACCUGAAAGUCACUAUGUCACUGAUCAAGGACACGCUCUAGAGGACGGCCGAGAUGUUUGUUCCUGCAUGACCGUUCACAUCUUGGUGUUUCCACGGACCACCUGUAGUCUCCUAGCGAAGACUCACGAGCUAUGAGCCAAGCCCCGUCAGCCUCUGGGAGUGUGUUGACAUACUAUAGUGUGUUUCCUGACAACAUGGUUUUUAUAUCCCGGUCUUGAAAAAUAUUAUAGUCACCGAGGAAGCUGUAUGGUUGGCUGGACGCUGGGGAGACAUUGUGUUUACGGGGAGCACCGACCAUCACUCCAGGACUGAUAUAACAAGCAACACGUGGCUCCUAUUACUGUCUCGGAUACAUUAAUUAAUUAGGCUAAAUAAUUAUUUCAUGGCGUGAAAUUUAAAAUAUAAUCAAGACGUAAUUAAAAAUAAAACAGUAAAUCAUUUAGUGGUGUUUGACGGCCUUUAUGGUUAGGUCAGGCCAGGUCAGGUCAUGUCAUGUCAUCAUACACAAGGAGAAUCACAAACAUACGUUGACUUUACCUGUGCUCGCCAGCUCUAUUUUAGCCUUCCCUGAGUUACUGAUCCACUGAGAACACGUGUUACUCCCAAACCCUGGACCCGCUCUUCGCCCCGAACCCCACCAGGCAUUCCUCACUACUGUAACAUCAUCUUUCUACCACCCUUAAUUUUUUUUUAUCUCUACUCGUCAGACAUAAACAAAGUACUUUCAUUAGGCAAAGCAAACUGAGACCAGAUAACGAGCAACACUCAGAAACGUUUAUUGUCUCUGUGAAAACCAUCCUGACAAACGUUUAUCUCUCUUAUCAUGGAAAUAAAAUACAUACAUCAGUCAGAUCAAGAAAAGCUGUGAGAAAAUUUUUUUUUGCCAAAUAAAGACACGUUGUUGAUGUCAUCACUGUAGCCUUCAUGACUAGUGUAUUAACCUGGUGAUUAAUGUACACUAACUAAAUUAUGAAUUACUUGAGUGUUAUAACUUAACUAUAUAUUUUUUUAUUAAACUUUUAUAUCUUUUAUAUACUUUGAUAGUCUCUAGUCUUAACUACAUAAUACCCCAAAUUCGGAUUACCUGAAGACUAUACCUGUAACUGCCUUAGUAGUAUUUUACCUGCUAAUUAAACACACAAGCGCUACCUGGGAGAUUAAGUUAGGUUAGGUGAGGUUAGGUGAGGUUAGGUUUGGUUUGGUUAGGUUAGGUUAGGAUGGUUACUCUUAUGGUUGAAUAAACUGAGGUUGGAGCUAAUCAUCAGGUUAUUUCAAAGUUCUAUAAAGUGUUCUUCAUCUCAGAACGCCUGGAGAACAGAUAACAUUUCCUUAGUUUUUUAGUGUAUAAACUGUAUAAUGUAUGAAUUGUAUAAGUGUAUAAUGACUAAAAAUCCCCAAUAAACUUGACAAUGUAA